AUGUCAGCCAAAAUAUACUGCGACAACGCGACGAACUUCGUGGGAGCAGAGAGGAAGCUGAGGGAGCUCCGGGAAGCCUUUCUGGAGGAGAUUCUCAUAUACGCCGCCGACGAAGGAUUCAUCUUCGCCUUCAUACCUCCGAGGGCACCCCACUUCGGCGGUCUGUGGGAAGCAUCAGUGAAGUCGGCCAAACAUCUGCUGGUGCGCGCCGUAGGCAACGCGCUGUUAACCGCCGAAGAAAGCGCAACGCUUCUCGUCGAAGUAGAAGCGGUACUGAAUUCCCGACCGCUCGCACCACUCAGCAACGACCCCAACGACGGCGAGGCGCUAACGCCGGCGCAUCUACUAGUCGGUCGCCCCUUGCGAGCUUUGCCACCGGAGAAGGUACCCGUCAACCUCAGCCGCUGCUUAGAGAGAUGGCAGCUUGUUUGCUCUCUCAAGCAACAAUUUUGGCGCGCGUGGUCGAAGAGCUACCUUCUGGAGCUUCAGCAGCGCAACAAAUGGGUGCACCCGCAGCCCAACGUCCAACCAGGCCAACUCAUCGUCGUCCACGAAGACAACGUACCACCGCAGCAUUGGGUGCUCGGUCGAGUAACCGCUACCAUUCCCGGAGCGGACGGCAAAAUUCGAGUCGCAGACAUCACCACUAGGUCGGGUGAAGUACGACGCCCUAUUCACAAACUCGCCGUGCUGCCGGUGGAAAACAAGAAUUAA